AUGGCGCCGCUCAGCGCCGGCGCGGCCGCGGCGGCGUGGGCGGCCGUGCGGGCGCGCGCGGUCGCCCCGGCGCUGACGGCCGCGGUGUGGGCGUGCCUCGCCAUGUCGGCCAUGCUCCUCCUCGAGGCCGCCUGCAUGAGCCUCGUCAGCCUCGUCGCCGUCCGCCUGCUGCGGCUGCGGCCCGAGCGGAGGUUCAAGUGGGAGCCCAUGACCGGGGCCCUGGAGGGGGGCGAGGCCGACGUGGAGGACCCGGCGGGCCGCCGCGAGUUCCCCAUGGUGCUCGUGCAGAUCCCCAUGUACAACGAGAAGGAGGUGUACAAGUUGUCCAUUGGAGCUGUUUGUGCUCUCACAUGGCCGCCAGACCGUAUUAUAAUCCAAGUCUUGGAUGAUUCAACUGAUCCCAUUAUUAAAGUAAGCCUAGUGCAGGAACUAGUGGAGCUUGAAUGCCAGGAGUGGGCUAGCAAGAAAAUUGACAUAAAGUAUGAAGUUAGAAAUAACAGGAAGGGAUACAAAGCUGGAGCUUUGAAGAAAGGCAUGGAACAUGUAUAUGCGCAACAGUGUGAAUUCGUUGCUAUCUUCGACGCAGAUUUCCAACCUGAAUCUGACUUCCUUUUAAAAACUAUACCAUUUCUUGUGCAUAACCCGAAGAUUGCGCUUGUGCAAACACGCUGGAAGUUUGUUAACUACGAUGCUUGCCUGAUGACAAGGAUACAGAAGAUGUCCCUGGACUAUCAUUUCAAAGUCGAGCAGGAAUCAGGCUCAUUUAUGCAUGCUUUCUUUGGUUUCAAUGGUACAGCUGGUGUGUGGCGUGUAUCUGCUAUUAAUGAGUCAGGAGGAUGGAAAGAUCGCACCACUGUGGAGGACAUGGACCUGGCUGUACGGGCAUGUCUCAAGGAAUGGGAAUUCUUGUAUGUAGGUGAUAUAAGGGUCAAGAGUGAACUCCCAAGUACCUUCAAGGCCUACCGUCAUCAACAGCAUAGGUGGACUUGUGGUGCUGCCAAUCUCUUCAGAAAAAUGGGAUGGGAAAUUGUGACAAACAAGGGGGUAUCAAUAUGGAAGAAAUGGCACCUUUUAUACAGCUUUUUGUUUGUACGGAGGGUCAUUGCUCCCAUCCUCACAUUCUUGUUCUACUGCGUUGUCAUUCCAUUAUCUGCCAUGGUUCCUGAAGUCCAUAUUCCUGUGUGGGGGUUGGUCUACAUUCCUACUGCCAUUACUAUCAUGAAUGCCAUCAGGAAUCCUGGGUCUCUCCAUCUGAUGCCAUUCUGGAUUCUGUUUGAAAAUGUAAUGUCCAUGCACCGUAUGCGUGCAGCUCUAACCGGUUUACUUGAGACUGCGCACGUAAAUGAUUGGGUGGUUACUGAGAAGGUAGGAGAUGUGGUGAAGGACGAUUUUGAAGUCCCACUCCUUGAACCACUGAAGCCCACUGAAUGUGUGGAGAGGAUUUACAUCCCUGAGCUCUUGCUCGCGCUCUACCUCUUGAUAUGCGCCUCGUAUGACUACGUGCUUGGAAGCCAGACAUACUUCAUGUACAUCUACCUCCAGGCCUUGGCAUUCAUUGUAUUAGGGUUCGGUUUCGUCGGCAUGAAAACUCCGUGUUCAUAG